AUGUCAGGGCAAAACGGAGCUCAUGAAAUGCAGGUGGAGCUGGAUCGCAUGAACGCGGCCAUUGAAGACUACGCCAUCCAGCUUGAUACCAUCAACGGUGCAAUUGCGUCCAUUGAGAGCGAAAACCAAGACGACGAUGUGACGCGUCAAAUUGUCGAAUACCAGGCGGCCUGUGAACGCGACCCCGCGAGUAUUUUGGCUGAGGACGCGCUGGACACUAUCACACGCCUGCAAAACACACUUAAGAUUGCAAGGCGCCGCAACCAGCUCUUUGCUAAAGAGAACAUGAUGCAGCAAAAGCUUCUGGAUGAUCGCUCCAAGUUUUUGUUGAGGGAGACAAAGGACUACGACGCCCUGGUUGACAAGACGGGUUGGCACGAACACUACGCCAUAAACGAGGAGGAAGAGGCGCAGAAGGCAUCUGACGUCAAGGAGAUGUCACAGCUUGAGGCAAUUGUUAAGGGCGAGCUGCGUGCUGCGCAUACGAUCAUCAAAAAGAAAGAGGUCAUCCUGCGCGGUCUUGAGGAGAAGCUUCAAAGGCGCACAGACCUCGAUGCUGCAAUCAACGACGCCUACAAUAACGUCCGUGUGAAACAACGUGACUGCCGUGAGCUGGAGCUCCGACUUGAGGAGCUGCGCAAACACAGUCAGAAGAACGACGAGGCCUUAACAGUGUGUGAAAGCCAGAUGAGAAGUGUUUCCAUAGAAUACAUGGAGACUGACAAGGCAUUUCUUAAGGACGCCGUAGCGCAGAUGAAGGCGGUCUGUCGGCGCCAAGAUAACGUUAUCAGAGCCCAACUUACACGUCAGCAACAACUGCAUGCUCGCCUGGAUACCAUUAUGCAAUCCUUGCGGGAAAUGAAGCUGGAGAAGGAAUAUGAACGCAACGUUUCCAAGACUGCGUUGGUGCCUUCUGCUUCACGUGAGGAGCCUGAAGAUGUUUUAAGUAUUUUACCGAAGGACGAGACGAUUCCGAUUUAUACUUACCGCCUCGUUUACAAAAACAAAGAAAUGAUGAACGCUAACGUUCUUCGCAAAAACAUGUUGGUGUUGGAGAAGGAGGGGGUGAUUCACGCGAUGGAGGCAAGUCUGAUGAAGUACGUGAAUGCGUUGAACAUGACAACGAAGCAGCUGGAAGACCUGAAAUUCAACAAGAGUUUUGAGAUGAGUGAACUCAUGGAUGAACUUCAACAGCAGCACAAGAACUACUUGCAUCAGCUGGAAAUGAAAAUGCAAGAAAACAAUCAACUUAAGAAGCUUUUGUACCGGACGCCGCACUCACGCACUGGAAUAAAACAUCAUUGA